AGCAUGGUUCAAGGAUGAAGCGCAAGUAGAUUCCUUUUGCCCAGGCCCAUGCUGCGUCCAUGGGCGGCGUUCGGCUGGCGAGGCUGCCGGGGCUUCGCGACGAUGAAGAAGAUCUCGGACCUGCCGUCGCUGAGGAAGAAGGAGACAGGCCACUUUGGGAACGAGUGGGUCAUGGGCCGAAGGCCCACGGAGUUCAACGCGCGGGAGGUGGAGCUGCCAAAGGAGCCCUACAACCCGAAGCCCUACCGCCUGCUCUUCCGACGGUAUCCAAGUCUCGCCAGCGGCCUUGGCGCUGAGUACUUCUACCGGGAGGAUCAGCGCAGUCCCUUGACCUACUACCACCAGCGCAGCCCCUCUUCUGGUGACUGCAUCAUGGUGGGCGCCACGAGUGAGCGCGCGAGGGAGGCCCGGACCAUCGACAACUACGUCAAGGAGCGCACCCGCGGCUUUGCGGUGCAGAUCAUCUUGGAGGGACGAGGUGUGAAGGCGUACUUCGAGCCGAAGGCUCCCCACCUCAAGGCCCGUCUGGGAGUCGGCGCCAAAGUAAAGGACCUUUCGGAGUACUGCCAGCGUGACCCAGACGUCCAGGUGCACGUCAGCAAGAAGGGCGAGCUGGUCACUCUGCACGGGCCAAACAAGGCGCGGGUCGGGACCUUGGCCCACCGGCUGCUGAAGAAGAUGCAGCCGAGGUUGAUGCCCUACACCCACAAGGGUGCGCACUUCGCCUUCCACCCAGUGAAGAGGAAGGCUGUGAGGAAGAAAUGAGAUGCGAUCGCAGGUUUCACAUGUACAAAGGAUGCGCGGCAAUCGGAGGUUUCAAGCUUAUAUUUUUCACCAACCCAAACA